AUGACUCACAUGCAAGUCAACAUCGCGCUUCUUACCCCCACAGGAACUCGCCUUCUUCGACCCGAGGACGUCCCCAGCCUCCGCACCCUCGUGUUCGGAGGCGAAGCCGUCACGGCGGAGGAUCAAAAGAGAUGGAAUGGACUCCCCGAGAUCAUCAAUGCGUAUGGACCAACUGAAGGCGCAGUCUGUUGCGCCGCCGCAUCGAUGAAGGGGAGCCGAGAACCGGCCAAGAUCGGUACCACCAUAGCCUCGGUAGGCUGGGUGGUAAAUCGCCGGAACCAUAACCAUCUGGUUCCGUUGGGAGCCGUUGGGGAGUUACUGAUUGAGGGUCCAAAUCUCGCCCGGGAUUACAUUGAUGACCCUGUUAAAACGGCAGCUGCCUUUAUUGAGAAGCCUUCCUGGUUCGUUCAGGGCGCUCAAGCACACAACAAAGCUGCCCGACUAGGCCGACUAUACAAGACGGGAGAUCUCGUGCGACUCGAUUACGACAGCAGUCUCACUUACAUCGGGCGCAAGGAUAUGCAGGUGAAGAUCAACGGCGAGCGCGUCGAGUUGGGUGAGAUUGAGCACCAUCUCCAGCACUUGAUCCCAGGCGCUAGCCAUGUAGCAGCGAAAGUCAUCAGGCCAGACGGCGGCAAGUCGCCACAGACCUUGGUCGCGUUCUUCGAAGCGAAACAAUCAACGAGGGUCGUGCAAGAAGAGCCGGCAUACGUCACGAUCGAAUCCAACAUGCUACUUCCCAUGGUGGCAGGGUUGGAUGUAAGGGUCGUGAGGGUUUCUCAGGGUGUUUCGGAUGCGCUGGCGCGCCGUCUGCCCAUGUAUAUGGUUCCAUCUCUAUUUCUAAGGGUCACCAAAAUGCCCCGUACCUUGUCUGACAAGAUGGAUGAUUGCGGGUUUUCCUUACACUCUUCGUGGCGUCUCCUCGGUUCCUCGGGACUUUGGUAG